GAAGCCAGUGACUUUUCUUUUUUGUUUCCAAUGAAAGAAAAGAAAAUUGUAAUAGCACACAGCUACCCAUUUGCACCAAUUAAAGUUGUACAUUCCCAUCAUCCCAUGCUCGCCGCCCCAUCUCGAGAUUUUCUUUCCCUUUGCCCAAUUCUACGGCUCUCAAAAUUAUUUUCCCAAUCCUAUUGCUCCAAGUUUUUCGAACUUUCCCUCCCUAUUCCACACCUUAUUCUCAGCCCCUAUUCCCUUCGGCCUCUUCGCUCACCGGCGUUCUCAAGGCAGUUCGUGAUCUCCAAGGUCGGGGUUGAGAAGACAGUGUUCGAGUGUAAGUUGCAGAUGGCGCCUCUAAGGUGGUCGAUGACGCCGAUUUGGAGGUUGGCUCCGAUUGAUAAUGUGAAGUAGAAGAAGAAGCAGCAACACACUCAUUCUUCCCCUUUCUCUUUCAAGUUCAUGGCAUGUUUCUCAUUUUUAAUAACCAAUUUUCUGCUCAAUUCCCACUGUUUGGUUUCAGUUAAUCUCUCCUUUUAAUUUAACUAUAUUAUUUCAAGCAUACGUGUGACGGUUUAUUUACUGUCAAAUUUUCUGUAGCUCGAAGAAACCACUCCAACCUCCCCGAGAUUUAUUUGAUAAUGUCAUGUUUGGCUUUUUGAUGGAAAGGGAUGGCUAGAGUGUGCUGGUUUGGAAAGCUUACUGCUUCCUAUCAUGUGCUUCUCUUUGCUGGUGAGUGGUGAUGGUGUCAAAAUAGAUGAGGAGAUGUCAAAUUUGCUUCCUUCUCAGAAAAGGAAAAUUAGACAAAAACAAAGAAAGGCAGAAGCAAGAGCUAAGAAAGGGGCAGAGGAAAAGAAUGAAGAGUUAAGUGUCAGUGAGGUAUUCAAGUCUAGGAAACGGCAUGUAAAACCUAUGAAUCUUGAUCCACAUGGGGAGAAGUUAUUGCAGGUGGAUCGGGUAUAUCUUGGUUCAUGCAAUGUGGUAGCUGUCUUAGAUCAUGAACGGAAGCGAACAUUUAUGAUAAGAAAGGAAGGACUUCCAGAUGUUGGUAAAGUUCUCUAUAGGCAACACUUGCAACAUGCUCUAGUGGGGAUGCUGACAGAGCUUUAGAUUGCCUGUGGCAGAGGAAGAAGGCUGAGAUUAAGCUGCAAUAUAUUUUGCUUUCAAGGUCUAUUUUUUUUAGAGAUAUUUGAGUAUUAAAAUCAACAUAAAAUUGAAACAUUUGUUUGCAGAGAGGAUCAGCCGAGAAAGAACUUUUGCAACAAAGUGAAGGAACCACAUUCCAUGAAAAGGUAUCUACACGAUUCAACAUUGCCGUCAUUGGAGGUUCACCUUGAUUUUAUUGUUCUCAUCUCAUUACAUAUUUUGAGAAGAAAAUUGUGAUGAAAAAUUGAUUAUAAUUUUUGGCUGAGAACAAUCAAAUAAGCUUUAUUUUUAACCUUUGAAAGAGAUUGCUUUGCCAUGAAUUUUUCUAUUUUAGUGAAAAGAGAUUAACCUUUGUAUCAAUUGUUUCUUCUGUUUAUGAGAUCUUUUUCUGAAGAUCUGUAUAGUUUAGUUGAGGUAUAAGUUGUUUAGUUUCUAUUAAUGAGAUCAUUUUCUGAAGAUCAGUAUAUUUUAGUUAAAGCUAAAAGCUAAUCGUAGUAAUGAGAUCCUUCUUAAUAAACCACGUGCUGCUUUGGUCAAAGAUCCAACCAAGGUAAGUAAUGUACUAUUAACUCUUUUAUUUAUAUGAAUUCGUUAUGGGGCUGAUGUUUAUUCAUUCUUUCAUUUUUUAGGAUCCUGCUGAUUUUGAAGUUCCUACUGAUGUUUUGGAACUCAUUGAUCAAACAUUUCUAUUCAAAAUUGAAGUCAAUAACAACUCAAACUCGAUAUUUGAACCAUCGUACCGAGUUAAGAAAAUCUGCUCUGACUCAGAGGUUAUGUGUCAGUUUCAGGCAUCCCUUCCCUCUAUUGAGGGUUCCGCUCCAUUGUUGAUUAUGGGGACCCCUACUUCAGUGCUGAAGGGUGAAUCUUCAUCUCCGAUUAUAGAGGAGUUUUCCCUGAGGAAUAGCUUGGAUCAACUAGACAUCAUUUUGCUAAUUUAUUAUCAAUUUUGUAUAUCAUUCAUUGCGACACUGUGUAGAACCUCAAAUCCUUUUCAUAAUCGAGUUGUUCUUAUUUGAUGGUUUA